UUUAUGCCCUCUUGCUUUUGAUUAUACUCCAGCUUUUAUCAUAUCAAGAAUCGCUUUGAUCCCUCCUUCUUCUCUGUUUGUUCCUUUCCCUUUUUUUCCUCUGCAUCUACAACUACAUAAGCUGCACCAUUAUACACAGAUCUGUCACUUACCAAAUUAUGUCACUUGAAUGCUGAGUCACAUUUUCUGAGUUGGGGUUUGGUCUUUUUUCUUGAAUAGACGAUGGGUGUUGAAUAUCACGAGGAAUAUAUAAGGAAUUCAAGAGGUGUUCAGCUUUUUACUUGUAGAUGGUUGCCCUUUUCUUCUCCAAAGGCCCUUGUUUUCCUUUGCCAUGUGGUUCAAGCCGUGAAAACAGCCUCCGGCAGAAAUGCAGGCUAUGGCAUGGAGUGCAGUGGAUUCAUGAGAGGCGUUGGGACAAAGCUUGCGAAUCAUGGAUACGCGGUGUUUGGAAUAGAUUAUGAAGGCCAUGGACGGUCAAUGGGUUCCCGCUGUUAUAUCAAAAGGUUUGACAACAUUGUCAAUGACUGCAGUGACUUUUUCAAGUCCGUUUGUGCGCGGGAGGAGUACAGAGAGAAAACAAGGUUUUUGUAUGGGGAGUCGAUGGGAGGGGCCGUGGCUCUUUUAAUACACAAGAAGGAUCCUUCCUUUUGGCAUGGUGCUCUUCUGGUUGCACCUAUGUGUAAGAUAUCUGAGAAGGUGAAGCCACAUCCAAUGGUUAUAAGCUUACUAACUAAAGUGGAGGAUGUCAUACCAAGAUGGAAGAUAGUCCCCACAAAGGAUGUCAUUGAUUCGGCCUUCAAGGACCCUGUUAGAAGGGAAGAGGUACGCGGAAACAAGUUAAUAUAUCAGGAAAAGCCAAGACUAAAGACAGCUUUGGAAAUGCUAAGAACUAGCAUGCACCUCGAAGAAAGUUUGCAUGAGGUCACUCUACCAUUUUUAGUGUUACAUGGGGAAGCAGACAUAGUAACUGAUCCAGAAGUAAGUAAGGCGUUGUAUGAGCAAUCGAGUAGUAAGGACAAGACCAUAAAACUCUAUCCAGGAAUGUGGCAUGGCUUGACAUAUGGUGAGCCUGAAGACAACAUUGAUAUCGUAUUUUCAGAUAUCAUCUCGUGGCUUGACAAGCGAAAUGGAGAGAAUAAUGAUAAUGCUACUUUGGUCGAGAAAUCAGUUUGUCGAGCUACAUCUACUCCAUUUGAGAUGAACACAAUAUCGUCACCUGCAAUAACAAAUGGACAAAAACCACAGAGAACACGUCCACAAGCGAAUUAUCUGUGUGGGUGGAAAGGGCGUCGGAUGCAUCAUCACUCUGCAAUGUAGAAGACUUGGUUGAUAGGUAUGGGUUGGAUCUCUUUGAUUUGUUCAUUCACGUUAUGGUAACAUAAAUGCUACUAUUAUUUGUGAGGGAUAUGGAAAAUAACAGGUUUUCCAGAAAUUGUAUGAUGCAAAAUCUUGAGUUAUUCUUGAUCUCCUAAUGUUUUAACCAACUUGCUCAAUGAAGGUUAAUUAUACUUGGUACUCUUAUUCCUUUUCUGUAUCUUCCUUUCCCUUUCGUUUACAAAGAGUUAGCUUUAGCCUACUGCAAUUUAAGGAAGUUUUACACUA